AGCAGGACGGCCCGCCGGCGGCUCGGUGCCGCGCGCCGGGAAGCUCACGGGGCGGGCGGGCGGGCGCCGCACCCCGGCUUGGCCGCCUGCGCCCCGGGGAGGCCCCCUGCGCGCGACGGGACCAGCAGCAUGAGCAGCGGCUACAGCAGCCUCGAGGAGGACGCGGAGGACUUUUUCUUCACCGCCAGGACCUCCUUCUUCAGGAGAGCGCCCCCGGGCAAGUCCCGUUCGGGUCAGCCGGAUGUGGAGAAAGAGAAGGAAACGCACAAUUACCUCAGCAAAGAGGAAAUCAAAGAGAAAGUUCAUAAGUACAACUCAGCCGUCACAGACAAGCUGAAGAUGACCUUAAAUUCAAAUGGGAUUUACACUGGCUUCAUCAAGGUGCAGAUGGAACUCUGCAAACCCACACAGACCCCUCCCAACCCUGGGAGAGUCCCACCCAGUAGCAGCGGCUGCAUGAACACCCUGCACAUUAGCAGCACGAACACCGUGGGAGAAGUGAUCGAGGCCCUGCUCAGGAAGUUCCUGGUGACCGAGAGCCCCACCAAGUUUGCACUCUAUAAGCGUUGUCACAGGGAAGACCAAGUGUAUGCCUGCAAGCUCUCCGACCGGGAGCACCCGCUCUACCUGCGUUUGGUGGCGGGGCCCAGAACCGACACACUUAGCUUUGUUCUCCGAGAGCACGAAAUUGGCGAGUGGGAGGCCUUCAGCCUACCGGAGCUGCAGAACUUCCUGCGCAUCUUGGACAAGGAGGAAGAUGAGCAGCUGCAGAGCCUGAAGCGGCGUUACUCAGCCUACAGGCAGAAGCUGGAGGAAGCACUGGGCGAGGUGUGGAAGCCCGGCUAAGGCGGAGGGGCGCUUCCUGCCAGGAAGGCACAGCUCGGGACUCAGGAAAGAGCGGCGCAGCCUCCCUCGGAGACCCACCAUGCCGGGUCCUCCUCUCUCCUCUCUAGACACAGUUCUCAAAGCCUGCUCACGCAGCAUCCUCCGGCGCACGGAUCAGCACAGGCACCCUGCAAGCUCGUUCUGUUAGGGCUCGGCGAUGUUACCUCUUGCAAGCUGUGAGCCUUCCCGGAGUGCUUGGGAGCAUGAACUCCGGGUGGAUCUCCCCUGUUCUCUUCUAGUUACUGUAAUUGCGAUUUUGUAAAGCUUUGGGAUGUGCGGAUGAGUUUUAAAGCUUUAACAAGCAAUCUCUUAAGUGCUUGCCCUAUGGUGAAACUUAGCUGCUUGUUUUUGUUCUCUGUUAGAGCAGUCUGUCCUUGUGAACUGAAAGAAACGGGAUUUUAGGAACUCUGGGGGAUUGGGGGAAGAGUGUGAAGAGUUUUGACAAGAUAGUGAAGGGCAUGUUGGGAAGGUAGAGGGAAGGCGAGAGCCCGGGGUUUUUGGGAAGGUAGCUAAUGCGGCUUCUAAGGUAGUGCUAGAGGAGAAAGGUGUAUUUGUUUAUAAAGGAGUUAAGUGUUCAGGGUUGACGGUAAGCCCGUUUUAAGAUGGCUUGAUUUGCUAGUGGUAAAAUGUGGGGUGAGAGCCAAAGGGCUAAGCCCAAAGGAGGGAUCCACGAGCUGCAGCCGAGGUGGUCCUGAAGUAGGCCGAGGUGGUCCUGAAGUAGGCCUGCUUUUGCUGCGGCCUGACGUAACCUGUGCCUCCCUCCAUCCCGAGACUCCGGAGUCGAUGGUCGCGGGCGUAGCCUUCUGUGUGAGGGUGGGACCUGACCAUUUGCUGGUUAAUGUAGUCCCCCACCCCCACCCCCACCCCCACCCCCGAGGUUGGUCUCAGAGUUAAAAAGGAGUUUGGGUAAGGGCAGCUGUUUUUCCCCUCAGCUGUUAGCUAGAAGAGGUGUCAAGUCCAGGGCUCACAGCAAACUUUGUGACAAUCACUCUUCCCUUUUAGUCCACCCUUCCUUGUCCCUGACCCCCUCCCCCUGGGGCCCCUUUCCCCCAGCCCCUCCCCAAAGUUGUUCUUAUGAAGUAGAGGACAGGGAUGUUUGUUAAAGGCCCAGUCCUACCACAUCCUCGCCUCUAAGAGACUUGACUAAAGGCCCCAAGGAAGGAAGGUCCACACCCAGCUGACCGCGCCACAGGCGCAACUAUUUUGACAGAAGUGCGCAUGUUCCUUCCGACCAAAGACACGCAUGUGCAAUAGAAGCCUUCCUGAAGACAGGCACAAUUGCCUGGUUUCCUGCAGCAGCCUGCAGAUCCGAGAGCAGAGGGAACGGUGUGCUGUGCUUCUGGAGGGGCCUGGCAGUCGGGCUGUUUCUAGUUUAGAUAGGUUUUGUUGUUUAUAAAUUCCCAAGGAAUUGUUAACACGGCGACACCGAUGGAUUCUUUUGGAAAUUCCAAGGUGCUCCCGCUCUUUGCCUUUCUAUGAACCGUGCCUUCGAUCGAGUGUCUUCCCCAUUCGAGGUGGCCUCCUGACUCGUCACCGCGGGGGAGGCAGCUCCAGGUGUGGGUUAUGCCACUCAAGCUCCCGAGACAAUCGGAUCUUCUAAGCUAUUAGGAAGAGUUGGGGGGCGGGGUAGAGCGAGCUAUAAAAUAUGUAUGGCACAUCUUGUUUAAUUUUGCAUGCAAUUUCCUUUUAGUGCAUCCAUGAGGUUUAGCGACAUUGUCAUCCAACACGUUGCCUGUUGUUCAGGGAAGGCCUCUGGCUUUUGUGCUGUUUUUACUGUUCAGACUGUGGCUCGGGUUUGUGUACGCUGUCAUCAGCCACCUGGUCUUCUAAUUCCUCCUCCCAGUAAGCUCACCGUUUGUGAAGCGGUAGCUUCUCAGAUUAAGACACUGUUAGAACCUGAAAGUAGUAGCUGAUGGGUAUCUGUGAAAUUUUUCUUUUUUCUUUUUUACUUGAAGUAGAUUGUAUGAGGCAGGCGCCCUCCUCUGUACUCAUCCAAACCUCGCUGGCGGUCAUGCGCACUACACAUUGUCACUCGCAAACUUUACUGUAUUGAAGAUCUACCGGUCCGUGGUUCCUCAAGACUCGUGCUGUCUCCCAAACACUGGUUACUACAGCAGCGUUUUUUAAAGCCUAGAAGAAGAAAAAGAGACCCAGAGGCCAAAGUUUUUUGUUCUUUAAACCGUUGUUCAAAUCCUCCUGUAAAAUGAAACGAGGCCUUGCUGUAAAACUGUUUUCUCUUCAAAAUGUGAUGGUACAGGAACGGUGUGAAAUGAAGGGUGGAGUUGCAGGAGAGCAUUUUAAAUCUAGAAGUUAAAAGCUAUAUUUAUAAUGUUGAUGAGUUUAAGUUUUAUUUUUAUAGGGAAGAUUUUUUUUCUCCCCUGAUAUUAUGUCUGGAAUGGCAAAAUUGUUUCUAUUAUUAAAAAUUGAAGUUGUUAGUUGA